AUGCCCAGCGUUGCCGGCGUGGAUGUUCCCAACUGGUGCCUAGCAGGGGCAGCAGUGCUCACGCCUGCGGCAAUUUAUGCAUACCUGUUGAGAGUGAGCCGACAGCAACGGGAGUUCUUUGCGGAGACCCCUCAACCAAAGGAGACAUCGCUUAUCUUCGGCGGUCUGGAAAGCGCGGAUUUGGUCAAUAACCCUGAGAAGGGACUGGCUGCAAUGAAGCAGUUCUACAAGGAGCUUGGGAAUUCAUGGGGAAUCCGAUUGCCCAAGUGGCUGUUCCCAAACACCCAGUUCUUGUUCCUUACUGCUGAUCCGGUCAUCAUCUCGGAGAUUAUGUCGAAGAAGGACAUCUUCCAUUCAAGGCCAAAGGGCUUGGCUUUUGACACCACCAUCCCCUUGGGCCUUUUGUCCUUGAGAGCAGAAGGGCCGCAUUCGCGUUGGGCGCUGCAUCGCCGCUUGGCUUCGCCCCUCUUCAGCGACAGCUUCCUGCUGGGCUACUCCGAGCAGGUCCAAGAAAAGGCGAAGUUGAUGCAGUUCAUUCUGAAUGAAAGGAUCAAAGCUGCCAAAGCAGAGGCGGCUGAGUGCGACCUCCAGCACUGCUUGAAGCUUUUGACCUUGGACGUGAUUGGCAGCAUUGGUUUCGGCUUCAAUUCCAAGGCCACCAUGACGUAUUUGCCCGAAGACCAUCCUCAAGCCUUGAGCGAGGCAGAAAAGACUGCUGAGCUGGAGUUUCUGCAAGCUUCAGAGGUCAUGUUUUUUGAGACUCACCAGCGAACUACGGAGCCAUGGAUGAUGAGGUACUUGCCCCACCGCUUUAUGCGCUGGCGGUGGGCAAAGGGUGUCAUGGACAAGCGGAUCAAUGCAGUGUUGGUCUCGGGAAAGGAAAGCUCGAGUGGCGCCAAGUUGAACAUGUUGAAGGCCCUUAAGGAUGCACAGGAGGGUGGCCAAAAGAUGAGCAAGGCAGAGGUGACCGACGAAAUCCUGACGCUUCUGGCCGCCGGACACGAGACGACUGGCCACACCACGUCGUGGGCUCUCUAUGAGGUUGCCCGGCAUCCGGAGGUCCAAGCAAAGAUGUUGGCAGAAGUAUCCACUGUCGACCUGGAGACGCUUCCGUUGACACAGGUUCAGAGCUUGCUACCCUACUCGUGGAUGACUUGGCAAGAGGCAUUGCGCCUUCACCCAACAGUGCCCUUCAUUCCUCGCCAAGCAGAGGUUGAUACGACCCUAGGAGGGAAGUACAAUCUGACUGCUGGCUGCGUUGUCUCUGUGAGUCAAUUUAUGCUAGCCGUGAAUGAAGAGAUGUGGGGACCAGAUGCUGCAAGCUUUGUUCCAGAGAGGAUGGAAAAGGGCUACCCCGAGAUGCACCUGCCAUUUGGGUUUGGAGGCCGGACAUGCAUUGGCAAGCGGCUUGCCUAUGUGGAGGGUGUCUACUUGCUGGCUUUCCUGGUCAAGAACUUCAGCAGCAGAAUCGGGGACGACGCCCCAGUCCCUUCACCCAGGGUCACGGUCACCCAGAGCGCUGCAGAAGGGAUCCAUCUCAUGAUCUCCAGCCGAUAA